AUGCAUAGAUUUUUUAAAAGAAAAGCUCUAGAACCAGAAGAACAAAAUACUGGAAAUGUUACAGUUGGAGAAUUUGAUUUUUCACAACUACCAGCAGAUCCUGGACAAAGGAUUCCCAUUUGUUCUUAUAAUGCUAACAUUAGAGAUCAAGUUCGAAGGAUAUAUUUACAAAAAGGCCCAUGUCAACCUUCAGGUUAUGAAUUCCCAAAACAAAAAUUUGGAGUAAGCCAAUUUAGACGGUUCAAUCCUUCAUGGUUUAAAGAAUUUGGCGAUUGGUUGGAAUAUAGUAUAGAAAAAGAUGCAGCGUAUUGUUUGUAUUGUUGUCUUUUCAAGACAACUAAGGGAAAACAAGCAGGAGGAGAGACUUUUGUUAGUGAAGGAUUCACAAAUUGGAAGAGUAAAGAUAGAUUAAAUAUUCAUGUUGGCCAACAUGAUAGUGAACAUCAUAAAGCUCGAAUGAAUUGUGAAGCUUUGAUGAAUCAAGAUGAGCACAUCCAAUCAAUUUUGCACAAACAGUCAAAGCAAGUGCGAAGUGAUUAUCGUAUCCGUCUCACUGCUUCGAUUGAUUGUAUUAGAGUUCUGUUGCGACAAGGGAAUUCAUUUCGGGGUCAUGAUGAGACUGAAGGUUCUCUUAAUCCGGGUAACUUUCUUAUUCAACUGGAGUUUUUAGGUGCUCAUAAUAAAGAGAUUAAUGAUGUGAUAUUGAAAAAUGCUCCUAAAAAUUGCAAGUUAACAUCACCGGAUAUUCAGAAGGAUAUAGUAAGGGCUUGUGCAACUGAAACAAUUAAUGUUAUUAUCAAAGAUAUUGGUAAUUCACUAUUCUCUAUUUUAGUUGAUGAAUCUCGUGAUGUGUCAAUGAAGGAGCAAAUGUCAGUUGUUUUGCGCUAUGUUGAUAGUAGUGGGCAUAUAAAUGAGCGUUUUAUUGAAAUUGAACAUGUUACUAGUACUACAGCAUUCUCACUUAAAGCUGCUAUUGAUCGCUAA